AAUGUUCAAUCACGUGCAUCCCAAAUACGGAAGUGGGCUGUCGCUCCGUGGAGCUUGUGGAUCAUGGAUGCAGUUAGCUAGCGAGGCUAAAUCUUCGACUCCAUACAUCAGUGGACUUAACAGUUUAUCCCUCGAUUGUUUUACUCAGAAUGAGCGACGUCUUCGACAGUCAGGAGGCCCGGUCCAGCGGGGAGCUGUGGACCGAGAUCUGCUCCACUCUGCUGGGGCAGCAGCCGGAGGCCGCUCCGGAGGACGAGAGGAACAACAACAUCGAGUUCAACGACUCAUUCCAGCCAGCAGCACCAGUCCCAGGGCAGCUCAAUGGUCACAUCAACGGGACAGGCAUCAGCUCCUCCGAUGCCAAAUGGGAACCCAUGGAGGAUUCUGAGAUCUACAUAGCUAGUUUAGAGAAUCGUCUGAAGAAGUUAAAGGGCCUAACCAGUGAUGUGACCUCCAGGGACAUGUUGCGCUCGUUGUCUCAGGCUAAGAAAGAAUGUUGGGAUAGAUUCCUGCACGACGCCCAGACCUCAGAGCUUUUUCAAGGUGGUGACCUGGAUCAGAAUGCCCUUGAACACUUUAAGAGGUGGUUGGUCCCUGAGAGGGUGGCCAUCAGCGCAGAGGAGCUGGAAUAUCUUCUGAGACCAUCCCAUAAUAAUGAACCAGCCGGACCAAACCAAACACAAAACGCAGAGGAGACAGAGGAAGAGACGCACAACUCUGAGGAAGAUGACGCUCACAGUCCAGAGAAAUGAGUGCGUACAAAACAGAAGAACUAAUCUGGAUCGUAUCAAGUAAGGAUGAGCCUGUGUUAUGUCAUAUUGCUGUUUUUGGCCCAGGCUUUUAUUUUUGGUCAAAGAGGCAAUUACGGACAUUCAUCAUCCUCUGUAUCCCCAGCAACUGUAUUAUUCAGUCAUGUCUUUUCUUUUCUUUUCUAUUCAUCCCUUCGACUUGUAAUCUAGCAGCACAUUUAACAUCUCAUCUGUGUAAUGACUCCUACUCUACUUCUCUACACGAAUAGCUCUUUACCUUAAACAAACAUGCAAACAUUUCAGUAUCAUGUUGUAAAUAAGACUCGUAUGACAGAAGCAGUGCAUUAUCUUCCAGACAAUAUUUUCUGUGUCUAAAAUUCUGACAGCUAAAGUAGGAAUACUCUUGUGAUAUGAUCCUGAAUCUACUGUAACAUAUUGUGUAACAUCUUUAUUUUUGCCAUUGAUUUUACAUAUGACGUUUUACCCAUGCCUCAAUAAAAACAAGUAGAAUUGA